UUAGAUUUAGCCCAUUACAUUGUGCCAGAUCAGUGCUCAUUCAAGGUGGUACCAUCCAAAAUUGAGGUAAAGCUGAAGAAACGUGAUGGGCUAAGAUGGACAGUGUUGGAAGGAAAUCCAGUCGCUGGAGACGCUGUAAAAUCAAUACCAGAUGCAAUAAUGAGAAAUGAACCGCCAAAGUAUCCAAGUUCGAGUAAAAAAUCAAAAGACUGGGAUCGAGUAGAAAAGGAAAUCGAGAAGGAAGAGGAGGAGAAGCCCCAGGGAGAGGCUGCUGUCAAUGCACUCUUCCAGAAGAUUUAUGGAAGUGGAUCUGAUGAAGUUAGACGUGCUAUGAAUAAAUCAUUUCAAGAAUCUGGGGGAACUGUCCUGAGCACAAAUUGGAAUGAAGUUAGUAAGGGCAAGGUGGAGACAAAGGCCGCAGAUGGUAUGGAAUGGAAAAAGUGGGACUCAUAACAUGUAUUCCCUUUUAAUUCUCGCAUUAAUCGACUUUAAGAAGGAAUUGUUCAUUUAAGAUCCGUGUUCAUUCUUCUAUUGAUCACCACCUUCCAAAUUAAUUGAUUAAUUAAUGACUGCUCUCAUUCUUCAAUUUAAUUAUCUGAUCCAUCAUUGUAAAUUCCAUAAU